CACAGCCUGAAAAUCUGUCAAUUUCUGCCGCGUGGUCACGUGGCCGCCUCCUCCGUGGAGUGGAUGGAGAUGGCUCUCCACGUCAGCCUACGUCUCCAAAUUUCUGCUUAGCGAACCUGCUUCAAAGAGGCACGGCGCUUCAGAGCCAUGUUCAGGGCGGUUAUAGAGGAAACCCAACAUAGAGUUAUAGAAGAGGGUGAACUACGAUGAUGGAUUUUGACGAAAGGGUCCCCGUCGGAUCGAACAUGUAUUUGCCCAGUUGCACUUACUACGUGUCGGCGGGGGCUGAUUUCUCCGGUCUUCCCUCGUUUUUAUCCCAGACCCCGUCCACCCGCCCCAUGACAUACUCCUACUCCUCUAACCUACCGCAGGUCCAACCCGUCAGAGAGGUGACGUUCAGGGACUAUGCCAUUGAAGCGUCCGGUAAAUGGCCGCACCGGGGAAACUUGCCCCACGGCUACCCCACCGCGGAGGACAUGGUGCACCGGGACUGUCUUUCAGCUCAAGGUUCCGUCGUAGGAGACAUGUUUGGUAAAAACAGCCCGGCCGCCGCCGCCUAUCACCACCACCACCACCACCAUCACACGAGCGCCGGCUCUGCUGCCACCAAUUUCUACGGGAACGUGGGCAGAAAUGGCGUGCUGCCACAAGUCUUCGACCAGUUUUACGAAACUGCGUACGGGAACGCGUUGGAAAGCUCCUCAACAAAUGGCUACUCAGGGGACAAAACGGCGAUCAAGCAGCCCAGCUCUGCGCCGGAGGACGCACCGUCUUGCAGGGAUACAGAGGCGAAGGAGCCACGGGAUGAGACCAGCAGCCCGGAGUUGUCUUCCGGAAACAAUGAGGAGAAAUCCAGCAGCAGCAAUGGACAGAGGAUCCGCAAGAAAAGAUGUCCCUAUUCCAAAUAUCAGAUCAGAGAACUUGAAAGAGAAUUCUUUUUCAGUGUGUACAUUAAUAAGGAGAAACGCCUGCAACUGUCUCGGAUGCUCAACCUCACCGACCGACAAGUGAAGAUUUGGUUUCAGAACCGUCGCAUGAAGGAGAAGAAACUGAACAGAGAUAGAUUACAGUAUUAUACGUCCAAUCCACUGCUUUAGGGGCCAACACAGCACCGUCACAGCUUUCAUGGUCCCCUGCUGUGGGACUGAGUGCGUUUACAGACAGACUGACUCUCCGGCUGUGUACAUAGUCUACCACAAUGGCCGCGACAGCAGCAACAACACUGCUCAAUGGUUAAUUUCAAGUUCGAGGACAACACUAUCCUGCGAUCUGAUUUACCUAAAGACUGAGCAUGAAUUAAGUCAGUCCGUGGACCUUGAUUUCGCUCUUCAGACUGCUUAGAGGAACGUGUAGAAAAUUGUUAUUUUUUUGUCCACGUCAAGACUAUGCUUGCAGGGGCCCAUGUUAACAUAAACUCAUGGACGCCUUGUUUAUUUUCCUUUCACGCGGGCAGAAAUUAGCAGUCCCUAAUUGACAGACCCAGUGUAUUUUGUGAUCAAAAUAUUUGCUUAAGUAAAUUUCUGUUUUGAAGUGGUGGAUUUCGAAUGAUGGCGACUAUGACUUUAAUAACAAUCUAUAUUGGUGUGACCAAAUGAGUCCGAACGGAUGAGAAUGUAAUGUGUUUCUGUUUUGUGUGCUUAUUUAUUUUGUAGUCACUCUAUUACUAUCUCCUGUAAUUCCACGGCUAACCAAGUCAACGCCCAUCAUUACAGGCAGGUUAUUGGGAUUCCGUGUUGAGUGUGGUCUAACCUCAAAACGAGAAUUUCUUGUCUUUCCUGUAGUCUGCCAAAAGAGGGCUACUUAUUUAUAUUUGCGUAUCUCUCAACACCCAAAUCCAUGUUCUCCUUUUUUCAUUUUUGGAAACUAUUAGUGGAGUAUUGACAAUGCAGGCCAAAACCAGAGAGAUAAGCUUGUCCACUGGAUCCGUGUGGAGUUGCACUGAGGUACACGCCCAACAUAUUCACACAGGUAUAUAUAAAUAUAUAUAUGCAGCGGGCCUUUUCGGUCUGAUAUUGAUACGCAUAACAGAAUAUUUUUCAGUCAUUUUCAUGACUCGUGAGCCUUUGGUACUUGCAGUCUGAAGAAAAUAAAAGCUACAUUUUCAAGUGUGCUGUCAGGGCAAUGCUGGUCAGGGUCAUCACAUUGAAUCAAUUGCUUGGUAUGCCCAAACUAUUGUGUAUUAUACUAUAUUUCAAAUAAAAAACAAAAUGAAAAGA